CGAUUCCCAUUCCCCUCCGGCAUUCCCCCAGAGAGGCUGUUCAACCUUUCCCCGGCAUACUGACGGAUCACACUUUGCAUAGCGACUAAUAUCCAACCCAGCCAGCCAAGCCACAGCAGCCAACGGGGAUCACUAUAAAGUACAAUGAUACCAAUACUAAGCAUCCACUUUGUCACCACUGCGGUCGCCGUCCUCCUCACCACCCUCACAACGACCGCUCGCGGCGCAUCUCAGUGCUACUUUCCCAACGGUAGGGAAAGCAGCAGCGAUGUGCCAUGCGACCCGUCCGCCGAGGUGAGCAUGUGCUGCCCGUCACGCGCCGCCUGUCUCUCUUCGGGGCUGUGCGCCAACCCUGAGACGGGUCCCAACCAGGGGAUCAGCUACGCACGGGGGACAUGCACGGAUAAGAGCUGGCGGAGCGCCGUCUGUCCGCAGCGGUGUCGAAUUAACCAGGACACAGCCACCAAUUCGUCCGCAUACGACUUUGGCACAGACGGAGUGCAGGUGUGGGAGUGUGUUGGCCAGGGAUACGCCAAGCCCGGGGCGUACUGCUGCGAGUCGGCAGGCGAGAGCACGCGUUGCUGUCGGACGCAGACGGCCGUUUUUUCGUUGCCCGCGGCGAGUGUAGGGAAUGCCCUGGCUGUGCAGACACCACCGGCGGUCGUGACAACGAUGAGUACAAGUUCAGGUUCGAGCUCCAGUUCCAGUUCGCCGAGUGAAACUGGCUCCACGACCACAGUAACGGUGACGGUAGGAACAACGACAGGCACUACAGCGGGUGGGAAGGAAGGGACUCAGACGGGCGGGGAGGACUCAGCUGGGGGUGGCCUGAGUGAUGCAGCCAAGAUCGGGUUGGGGGUCGGCAUUGGGAUUGGGGCGGCCGCGCUCAUCGUCUCGGCCAUCUUGGUGUGGUGCUGGAGAAGGGGGGGGAUGGAGCAAGCGCCGCCCAAGAAUAAGGGAACAGUGGCCGAACCCCACGAUGCGUAUUAUAGCAAGCCAUCUGAGUAUGCAGUUGCAGAAGCGUGGGCGCCGCCGGCGGAGCUGCCUUGGGGAGAGGGCAUUCGUCCGGCAUAUGAGCUUCCAGAGGGCUCAGCGGGGUACAGAUAGCAAUAUGAUAAUGGAUCACGAGCCGUAACGAGAUAU